UUUGAUUACAAAAUGUAAUAAUUUCAGAUCAUAUAUUAGGUCUGGGUAUAAAUUUAUUGUGAACCAAAACAAUACAAUGAGUACUAAAAUAAUUAUUUAUUAAUCAAUUAAUAAGGACAAAAUAUGAAUCUGACAGGAAAUUAACUUGAAUAUUAGAAGCAUAAAUUAAUUAGUUUAUUAAUUGUAAUAAAAAUUAAAAGAUGUCAAUUAAACGUAAUCAAGUCGAUAGAAAUAGCGAUUCUAAAAAAUUUGAGAUUACUUUAAGUAUCGAUGAAUUAUUAAAAGACCCAGGUAGUGUAAAAUCUGAUGAUGACUACGAAUGGUUAAAAAAAGUAGUUAGUCAGACAUCCACUUUUAAUAAAAAAGAGCCAUCAGUUGAUUUAUCAAAAGAUAAUCAUGAACAAAAUACAGAUGAAGGGGAGCGACGACUGUUAAAAUUAUUUAAAAUUGCGCUCCAUGAUAAACGAUUGGCUGAAAAAUUUAUAUCUACAGUAAUAUCUACAGCUUAUCUUAAUAAUCACCGAAAAUUUAUAUUUCGUAUUAUCAUGAUGUUUGUGGAACAACGUUUAUAUAUUUUAAAGAAAGCACCAGGAUGUUAUUUAAAUUUAGUAAUGAUAUUCGGUGAUUUUCUCCAUGCAUAUGAAGGAACAAAUGAAAUUGUAGAGACUUUGUUUCAAUGUUUGAUGUUAUUAAUAGAAAUUGAGGCAUCUCGAGCAAUCGAAUUAGCAACAAUAAUGAUGUCAAAAAUUGGAUUGAAAAUGGCGAUUCGUUUUCCGAUGGUAGAUACAGAUAAUUUUUUAGACCGAAGUUAUCAUAUUUUAAUAAAUGGUGAGAAGAUAGGUCCACGAUCGAGAAUAUUAUUGAUGCUGAUGAUUGCUUUGAAUGAUCAAAAGUUUUUGCCUUUUCCUGACGAUCAUUAUUUACUUGAAUUUUACACAACAGAAUUGGGCGAGUCUACGAUGACUAAAAUUCAAAAUAAUUUGAAAACUUUCUAAAUACUCUACUUUUUUUCCAUCAAAAAAUUUGCAACCAUCUUCAUUUCUUAAAUAUAAAAUUUUAAAAAAUGGAGCAAAAUCCAAAAUUAUUUAUUUUAAAAUCUAUGAGGAAUA